GGACUUCUGUGAAAACCAUCUUUACUGCACUAUAAAAAUUGGAGCAGAUAGUGCUAGUCAGCAGAAAAAGGAGAAAAAGAGGAGAAAGAAACAAGGCAUUGAGUCUAGAAAUGAAGAAAGUCCCACCCAAAGCGAGGAUAUUAUGAGAAAGUGCAAUGCUCUCUUAAAUUUUGGUGGAGGAGUGCUUGAAAUGAAAAUUGCAGACCCCCAGAGUAAAGGUGCAAGUAAGAAGGAUCCCGUGGAUUGUUUCUGGCAAACCAUUGAGGGGCAAUUAAAAACAAUGAUUCGUCCAUCAAAAUAUGACGACGUUUUUGACCGCCGUGUAUUUUCUGACAAAAUAUUGCUGUUCGUCAAUGCUCCGAAACACUUAUGUACAAUGAAGUACAAUUUAUUUGUAUCAGGAGAUUCGGGUGUUGAUGACGCUAAUUACGACGAUGUUGUCGGUUUUCUGAAGCUAGAGUCUGACAGCCACAAAAGAAACUUAAAGUCAAAUAUACAAGUGCCUCUGCAAGACCUUCCACCGAUACCUUGUACAUUUUUUCACCAGAAGGUAAUCAGCUUGAUGGAGUGCAAACAGGUUCAGUUUAAAGACUUUGCAUCUGAUUCUCUUUUGUUUUCACAUCCUAAGCAGCGAUUCAGCAUCGCCAGACAGUUGUCAGCUUUUGGUAACUGUGAUGGUGGAGUUCUUCUUAUAGGAGUAAGAGAUGACCGGAGAGUUUCGGGCGUAGACAUGGUGAAAAAUAAGAAAGAGCAUGUGGAAGAAUGUGUCAGUUCCCUUGUUGACAAGAUGUGUUGUAAUUUUAAGCUUCAAAGAGGCAUCCAUUGGGAUUUAACCUUCUCUGAUGUCUCUGGAUCUGAAUCCAAAUCUGUCAUUGUAGUUAAAAUGGCAGGAAUGCGGGAUGCUGGAGGAAUUUUUGGAAAAUGCCCAGAAAGCUAUAUAUUACAGUGUGAUGAAGAUGGCCAGCAGGUUCCUCAUCAACUUGAUUUUGACAAAUGGAAAGGGAGAAUGAAGUCAGAUGAUGCGCAUUUGACAGGGAACACCAGAGGGAUGAUUGAUAUGCUAUCGAGGUUUCAACAGAUGCGUGUUUCUGAAGGGCAUCUUUUAACGGUGAGAGGCGAUGUUCAGAGGAUAAGGGAUGCCUUUUUUAAAGGCGAUGACACGUUCCUAGUUUCACCGGAAGGUGUAGAGUCUAGCCUUCCAGCAGAGGCACAAGCAGUGAUUCGCAACAUCCAAAAGGUUUGUCGCAGGGACCGUUUUCGGGGAUUUCUGGCUGUAUCGCGUUCUUGGCUUCGUGAUACUGGAGGCACAGCAGUUGAUAGCGUCAUCUGUGACGUUCUUCUUGUCAGCAGAAACAUGGGUGGACUUCAUCUGUACACUCUCUGUGAUGCGGCAGAUGAGACGUCUUUCCAAUAUAGCAAAGAGGCUGCACAGUCCAUAAAGAAAAGGCUUUCCGAAAAUGGCGCCAGGGGCCAAAAGUUUUAUGUGUCAUCCCAUGUGCUACCAUGUCGCGCAGGCAGAGAAGUAAAAUUUCCAUCACCUGACGACCGCUACCCGAAGUCAUAUGAUCUUCUCUCUCCCAGAGGGAAACUGAAUGAGAUUCUCAAAGCGAUGGUGGUAACUCUUGCUGCUGUGCCGUCAACUCUCUCCUGCAAAUUGGGCGUAACCUUUUUUAACCUUCUCACCACGGAACAGUUUCGUUUGGUCCAUCAGCAGAUUGAAGUAAACCGGGAGUUAUGGAUCAAGGGGGUCGCUGGAACAGGAAAGACGCUUGUUGCAGUGGAAUUCAUGAGAGAGCUUAGACGCCGUGAGAAACUACAAAGGAAUGAAAUCCUCUACGUUUGCGAAAAUGAAGGCAUUGCAAGCCAAGUACGGAAAACCGGUCUGUGCAAUGCCAUUUGCCGUGUUACCUUCAUCGACGACGAUUUUCCACAAACUAAGCAUGUGAUACUUCGAGCAGCCAUAUGGUACUUUUUCCUGGUAUGAAAAGGCGAAGGAUCUGGUGCGACGGUAUGACCCCGACAGACCAGGCUACUUGUGGUGUUUCAUUGACCUCUGCCAAAAGAGUCACUCUUUUCCAUCAGGUAUGCGUCCAAAUUCAAUAUU